AUGCCAUCUCCACGGCCUGUGACCCCUGGGCCGGAGCUGCGCUGCCCGAGGGAGCCGGCCGAGCAGCAGAACUUAGUGCGGGGCGCCCGGCGGGUGAGCAGUGGGGACGCGCCCAGAGACAAAGAUGAGGAUGCUGAACGGCCUGGCCUGGCCACCUUGUGGCGGUCCUUCACCCGGGCCAGCCAACGGGCCCAGGCCCCUGAGAACCCAGGCCUGGUCCGGCGCAGCUCCCGCUUCCUGUUGCGGUCCUUCCGGCGCACCCUGGAAGGGGGCGUGGCUGCUGACACAUCUCCGAGCCCCGCUGUUCCAGGGGUGGCCCAGGACCCCAAGGUGCCCUCCAGGGGCAUGGAUGGUGUCAGCCGGCAGGCAUCCACAGGGGCGGGGCCAGAGGAACUGGAAACUGAGGCAGAAAGCAAAUCCGUGGCCGACCUCAUCACUGAGAGGCAACUACUGGCGGCCUUCGAACAGCUAUGGCGCCUGGAGAAGCAACUGGUGGCCGCGAAGGCUUCACGCGCGUAUGAGAAGGACCCCACGGGUUACGCGCGGCGCGCCAUGGACAUAUGCCUGCACUACGACGGGUUGGCAGCCGAGAUCGGCGCUAUCGUGCGGGAGGCGCUGAGUCCCAACAGUGUUGACGCAGCUACGCUCGCCGAACUGGCCCGCGUGGUGAGCGCCGAGGAGGAGGCCCACCCCGCGCCCCCUGCAGACGGCGACUUCCUGAGCACGCCGCGCCACUGGCGCCAGCACUGGGAAGAGGCGGUUCGGCGGAGCGCGCAGGAGCGCGUGUUGCGGGCAGGUGCUGGGGAGGCCCAGGAGGACGCCAAGGGCUCAGCGAGCCUGGCCCGCCAUCUGGCGGAGCUUGGCCGUCUGGUCCGCCAGGACCUGCAGAAGGUGCGGCUGGAGGUGCAGCCUGCCUACGCGACCGCAGGCUUCCCGGUGUGGGAGACCUACCUGCGCGCCUUCCAUGGCGCGGUAGCCCAGCGCCUCCAGGAGCUGGCGCACGAGGCCUGCAGCUGCGAGCAGCUCUAUGUCCUGCUGGACUGGGCCGCCAAUGUCUACAAAAGUCCUGACUUCCUGGGCGCCCCGGACCUGGCGCUGCCCGCGGAGCCGCUGCCUCCGCUCCUGGCACCUGAAGUGUGGGCCCGGCUGGAGAACGACUACAUCAGCUUCCUGGAGACCAAGAUCGCCAGCUGCUUCGAAGGCAUGCUGCAGUUGGAGCAGAGUCGCUGGGCGGCUGCUGAAGCCCCCGACGUGUUGCAGGGCCGCUACCACGCGUCGCUGUCCAUCGACGUCCACAUGCUCGUGUCCGAGCACGUGAAGGCGGCUGGAGCCAUCUCGGGUGAGCUGGAGGCCACCACCCUGCGGAUCUGCGCGCGGGGCCUCGGCUGCUUCGUGCACAGGUUUGAGAAGGCUUUUCUGAAGUCGGAGGCUGUGAGCGUGCCGCACCUGGGCGCCUAUAUCAACGCCUAUGAGGAGCUCAGGACCAGUCUUGUGGCCAGGUUCCCAGGUACCUUUGAAGAGCUGGAGAAGCCCCUGGCAGCCACCAUCUCCAGCUUCCAGGAGCACCUAGUCCGGGGUUUUCAGAGGGAUGUGCAGCCCCUCUUCAGGGUCGUGUGCACCAAGGCCUGGCUGGAACAGGACCUGCUUCAGCCCCUUAUGGACCAGGUGGAGGCCUUUGGUCACCACCUCAAGUACGUGGCUCCAUUGCGGUCGCAGGAAAUCCUGCACGAGGCUCACCGCUACGUGGUCCGGGAGUACCUGGUGCAGGCGCUGAGGCCGCGCGAGCGGUUCCGGGGCACCGAGCGUGUGACUGGCGCCCACAAGAUGAUCCUUGACGCCCAGGCCAUUGGCGACACCUUCCAGGCCCUGGGCUCGGAGGCCUCGUGGCUGGGCCAGGCCAUCCCAUGCGUGUCUGAGAUUCUGGGCGAGACGUACAAGGACGACAUCCAACGGCACCUGGAGACGCUAAUCAUGUGCUACCACGACGUGAGGCGGGAGCAUGUGGUGGCCGUGCUGGCGCUGCGCCGACUGGGCCGCCGCCGGAACCAGCGCCUGCUCCGACGCGCCCAGGACCUGCUGAGCGCUGCGGCGGCCCAGGCCGGGGACUCCGCCGCCAGCGGGGGCCGCGUGCUCUUCGCGGAGAUCGAAGUGCCCACCUCCAUGGAUGUGCUGGUCACCUGCAUCCGACGCUCCGCAGGCCUGAGCCCGGCAGGGAGCAAGGAGAGUCACUCGCCCUGCCCGCGUCCCUGA